CCCUGGGGCCCGGGCCCACUUGGCAGUUACGAAAAUUUAUCCAUGACCGACCGUCUUCAAUUUCCGACACUUCGUCGGGAUGCUUGUGUGAAUAUGUGUUUUUCUUCACUAAUCCAAGUUGUAAUACAAUUAAAAUUGAAAAUCGUAAUUUUUUUUCUCGAUAAAAUUGAACGUCAUUCGAUAUCGCACAGUUAUGGAGAUCGUAGAUAGGGGUCGUGAUUUGCUCGCGAAACGAGUCGACGGUCUCUUGAUCCGAUUUCGCGCGAUUAUGUCGCGGUUAGUUAAGAGGAAAUCGCAGCUCGGCCAAGUUAUGAGGGACGCGGCCUUCUCGUUGGUCGAAGUCAAUUACGCGACAGGUGGAUUAAAUGAGCUAGUCCUGCAGGCGGUCGACAAGGCCAAAACCAAGAUUCGAUCCAGACAGGAGAUGAUCGGUGGGAUUCGACUAUGGAUUUACGAGCCCUUUCGCAGCGGCGCCGAUCCCUUCGAAUUUGUCGGAUUGGCCAGAGGCGGUCAACAAGUUGCUAGAUUGAAGAUCAAUUACGAGAAGGCGAUCGAUUUGUUGGUCGAAUUGGCGUCGUUGCAGCGUAAUUUCCUGAUCCUCGACCGGGUAGUCAAGGCGACGAGUCGCCGUGUAAACGCUCUUCGCUACAUUAUUAUACCUCGAUUAGAACGGACUCUCGCGUAUAUCGUCACCGAACUCGACGAAUAUCAGCGAGAGGAAUUCUAUCGUCUUAAGAAGAUACGAGAAUGGAAAACGAAGCGACGUGACAGACGAUCCUCUAACAAUUUCACGCGGAGCGUCAACAUCCUCGACGACACGGACGAGGAUCUUCUCUUUUAACAAUUAUAACAGAAUCGUAAUUCGAGGGCCAGCGCAGAUGCAAUCUCAAGAGCGCGCUUUCAAAUACAAUAAUACAUGGCACAAAUGUCCACGAGAAUGCUAUAUAUCUCUUAUGUUAUUGUUUGCACUAUAAAUUUUUCACUUUUCAUUUAUAUAUAAUAAUGGGCGAUGCGAGGAGCGAGGAAGAAACAGGGAGAAGAUCAUGCUGCCAGAAUAAAUGUCGACCCUCCGUCGAACGAAUGAGAAAGAAACGCAAGAAGCCAGGGAAGUGAGAGAACGCGAUGGAAACGAGAAUACAGAGGAAGGGGAACCCGAACCGUAGGUCCAAUUAUACCAAGAAAAUACAGCCCGUAAAGCCAGUCUUAACUGCUGCCAAACAUCGAGAUAUGAUAAUGAGAACGUAACUGCAGUUCUUCCCUCUCUCCUAAUCCUAUAGAGUUGACGGAUGUAGAUUCUAGGUGUAGCAACUGCUAAAAUUGGAAGAACUUUCUCCUUUCGCGCGAAAAUUUAUUUCAAUUUAUAUAUAUAUAAUUUAUGAGAGAACAUAUUAAAU